CCCAAAUGUGACACAAUGCAAUAUAUGGUAGCGGUAAAUAAAUGAACAAGUAGCGAACAGGUGAUUCCCCGAUCAUCGCAACACCAUCCCAAACCACACGAAUGGGAACCUCGCGAUGCAAGCACUGGUAAGCCGUUGCGAUGGCGAGAUUGCCCGUCGUCAUAUUUAGUGGCCUUAUCGAUGCAUAAAACUCUAUCAGGCUCACCACCCAAGUUAACCUCGCUACACCAGACCUAACAUGCGGCAUCAUAGUCUAGCACAAUAUACUCGUAACCCCUUGGCGGGCCGACAUGAGCCCACAUCUGGCCCCACGACAACCUGGAAAAUUCGGUAUCAUACGGUGCCGCAUGCAUGGCAUGAGGACGGCAACCUCCUACUCGUACAGGCUCACUCACCCCUUUCUUUCCCGUUAUGCAAGGGUUCACAGGAACCGCCCGCCAAGGCCUCAUCCCGCGCCGUCCUGCGAAAAGGGCACCGUCAGCGACAAAAGUUGCUGCGGCUCAACAGAAAAAAAAGAAAAAAGGGAAAAAGGAAAAGAAGGACAAUGAGCUCACUCACCCCUGAAAGUAAAAUAAAAAUGGUUCCCUUGCGAGAGAGAGAGGGAUUGGCCCACACCCGAUGUAUAUAAGCUAGCUCUUCCGUUCCGCUCGUCGCCUUCGCAGACAUCAUAUCAGACAUAUCGAUUGAGAGGGGGUCCAAUAGUUUGAAAUACGUACGGGGCUCUCAACCUUCAUUCAUGCACCGAUAGCGAGAAAUGUCAAAAACGAGUACCAGUGCUAGCAAGCCUUGGGGAACCAACGUGGCCGUCAUAGUGAAUGACUUUGGAGGAGCUUUUUGUAUGGGUGUUUGUUACCCCCCCCCCCUCCCUCUCCUCCCCCUUUCACGAUGGCUAGCUAAUCGAGCGGUAUUUCAUGAUAGGCUAUCGGCGGCGGCAUCUGGCAUGGAGCUCGAGCUUUCAGAAGUGUUCAUUACCCUCACCCACAUACUGCCCUAACCUUACGCGGCCGCUAACAGGCAACACGAUAGGGCAACACCACACUCUCCGUCCUCCAAACGAUAAAAUCCCGAGCCCCGGUUUCCGGCGGAAGCUUUGGUAUAUGGGGUGGGCUAUAUUCCGCGUUUGAAUGCGGGUUGAAAGGGGUUAGGAACACGGAGGAUCCCCUCAAUGCUGGUCACUCGCCCCUCAUCUUCGGUGGGAAUCCAAGUUGCUGACGGGCUGCUAGUGUUGUCCGGAUUCCUGACUGGUGGAACACUGGCGCUGCGUAGGGGUGUUAGAAUUGCGAGCGGGAGUGCGGUUGGGGGCGCGGCCUUGUUGGCUACUAUUGAGGGGGUUGGGGUUGGUCUGGAUAGGAUUGCGGUCUUGGGGGUGUUGGGUGGUGGUGCUAGUGCGGGUGCGGCGGGAGGGCUGUUGAAGGAGGUCGCCGCCCCCGAGAAUUUUACCUUUUGUUAAUGGGGUGGGAAAUUGGGUCGGUAUUGUUGGAUUUUGAUUGGAUUUCUUCGGAUAUUUUGCUUUGCAUCGGAUUAUAGAUGGGAUGGAUGGAUAGAUGGGGUUCUUAUAGAUUAUAGCGAGCAUUAGGACUGUAUUUUAAUCUUGGAACGUAAUUCUCUGUAAUUAGAUCCGCAAGGAUAGAUGAGGGUAGCCAUCGGACGUGUCUUA